AGGGAUUCUCGGUACGGAGAGCCACAAGACGUAAAUGUGAUUUGAAAAUGAAAUCGUUUACACCACUACUCUUGUUAUAUCCAGGGCUGCCUUACUAUGAAGUGCCAUAAUCACAUACGGGAACACCGUGCCGGAACACUAUAAAUAACACUCCACAACUAACGUUGGGGAGAAGAUCAAACUUCGACCUCGAAUGACGUGGAAAAGUUGGGUAUGUGACAUGUCCAUCCGAUGCCCGGACGUGUCCGUCGCCAGCGGGCCCGUCUUAUGAGUGGUGGUCAAUCCCUGGACAUGGCCUUGCAUACGUCAUGGCACACCAUAUGCAUCAGUCUUCUUGCGUGCGAAGUUGUCUUUUGUCUGCCGCAUUUGGACCGUUUCUGCGCAGUUUACAUCUUGCUGGAAGGGUAUUGCCAGGUCCGGACGUUUGGUUCGGAUGACGGAAGGCCUAGGGCGGAGAGAUUAUAAAGAGCGGGACUGAGAGCCACCGUCAACACAAAACACAUUAGAAUGCCUGCCUUCACCACUUCCAACAAUACCGUCGACCGCUCUCUUAUCCUCCCCCAGGUCGUCGACCUCCACCUGGAAAACCCCAGAAACAACAUCGCCUACUCGUUCGCCAAAGAACAUCAUCCAUCGGGGAUAGUCUCGACCGACAUCACCCAGUUCGAAUUCGUGCGCGCUGCCCACCGUGCUGCCCAUCUGGUUUCACCUGCAAAGGGCAAAGGCCAAUUUGUGGCGAUCGUGGCUCUCGCGGAUGUUCUCGUGUAUCAGGCAAUCGUCGUCGGAUGCAUCAGAGCGGGGCUAGUCCCUUUUCCGAUAUCUCACCGCAACUCCGCUGCGGCUAUCGCGCACUUGCUAGAGUCGACGGACUGCCAUCGGGUGCUGACCACACGAGCUUCCUUAGAAAAGCUCAUUGACGGUGUCGUAUCCGAGCUCGCUACGCAAGAUCCCAAGUACAAACUGUCCGUGGAGGAGAUCCCUUCGCUGGGACAGCUGUAUCCACAUCUCGGGCAUGAGACGGCGACCGAUGAAUUCACACCGUACCCGGUCCCCGAAUCUAUACCACCAGUCACCGAUAUCGCAUUCUGUUUGCACUCCAGUGGCAGCACAGGCUUCCCCAAGCCAAUCCGUAUUUCCCAUCGCCUGUUGAUCGAGAUAGCGGCCCUCGGUUCGUUUAGCCAGAUCAAAACGUACGCACCCCGCUUAGCGAUCGGUACGCUCCCGCCAUUCCACGCGAUGGGUUGCUUCACGCAGAUCCUCAUUCCGAUGCUCAACAACGGCACGGCCUGUAUCUUGCCUCCCGCUUCGACGGCGACCGAGUACCAUGUCCCACCGAACGCGACGUCCGAUCUAGCUCUGCACAAUGCGAAGAUCACGAGGGCCGAUGGAAUACUGACCGUCCCUGCGUUCAUUCUGGAGUGGGCUCGUUCUCCGGAAGCCGUGGAUUAUCUCAAGAGCUUGAACAUGGUCGCGUUCGGUGGAGGACCAUUGACGCUCGAGGUAGGCGACGAGCUCAUCGAGCAAGGUGUAAAGGUCAUACCCAUCUUUGGGGCGACGGAAUUCGGCUUGCCGAAUGUCAUCCGUGACGACGUGGAUUCCAAAGACUGGGCCUGGUUCAAGUUCUCAGAAUCCGUGCAGCUUCGAUGGGUUCCACAGGACGAUGCUAACACGUUCGAGCUUCAAUUCCUGAGCUGCGACAGCCUCCACCCGGCAGUCGAGAACCUCCCGGACGUCCAGGGCUACUCGACCAAAGAUCUGUUCGAACGGCAUCCCACGAAACCUGACCUUUACCGUAUCGUUGGGCGCCUGGAUGACGUGCUGAUCAUGGCGAACGGAGAGAAAACAGUCCCCGGCCCGAUGGAAGACAUCCUGCUCUCUAACCCGAAUAUUUCCGGGGCCGUGAUGUUCGGUCGCGAAAGGAAUCAAGUCGGCGUGCUGGUUGAGCCGAGCGCGGCGUCCAAGGUGGACAUUACAGACCCUACGGAGGUUGCCAAGUUCCGGAAUCUGAUCUGGGAGACGGUACAGAAAGCGAAUGAGAGUGCGCCUGCGUUUGCCCGGAUCUACAUGGAGAUGAUUGUCGUGGCUUCUCGCGAAAAGCCUUUCGUACGCACCCCGAAAGGGACCGUGAUCAAGAAGCCCACCGUCGCCUUAUAUCGUGCUGAUAUCAAUGCGCUGUACGACACAAUCGAAGCCAGCACUAGUGCCGCGGACGACGUCUCUCCUCCUGCCAGUUGGUCAGCUGCCGAUCUCGUUCCCUGGCUGUCUGUGCACGCUUCAUCGCUUGCCGAGAAGGACAUCCAUCCCGGCGGCGAUAUCUUCGACCAGGGCUUUGACAGUCUCAACGCGACGUUCCUCCGCCAUCGGAUCGUCGGCGCGAUGAGCAAGUCGUCCAACCCAAGCUGUAGGGCAGCUGCGCCGAAGAUUUCGCAGGAUAUCGUGUAUUCCCAUCCGACGAUCGAGUCGCUCGCAGCUGCUCUGUCUGCACUCGCUUCUGGGACGCUGGUGGAGGCUGUGGAUCCCAAGGUUGUUGUCGAGCAGAUGAUCGCGAAGUAUUCGGUCGGAUUGAACGGGACGUUGCGCGCUAAGACUCGGCCGGAAGGCGGCGAGGUCGUCCUGCUGACUGGAUCGACGGGUGGUCUUGGGUCGCACCUACUCGAGAUUUUGCUCAAGAAUCCGUCCAUCCGUCGCGUCUACGUAUUGAACAGGCACAGCGCGCGUGCGACUGCUGCCUCUCGACAGAGCGCUGCGUUUUUGGAGCGUGGACUGGAUGCGAAGCUUCUUGACUCUGAGAAGCUUGUCUUCCUUGAGGGCACUGCUGCGGACCUCGAAGAGUCUGCAUUCGAGACUCUACGAAACGAAAUCAGUGUGAUCGUCCACAACGCCUGGAGUCUCGACUUCAAUAAGUCGCUGGCGUCGUUCGAGCCCCACAUCAAGGGCACGCGCAACCUGAUAGAUCUCGCCCUUGCCUCGGAGACUGGAGUUCGCUUCCUAUUCACGUCGUCCGUGGCGACAGCUAUCGGCUGGGAUCCGAAACUGGGUCCGUUUCCAGAGGAGCUGCAGCUUGACCCGACCUCCGCGUUGGGUCAGGGAUACGGGGAGGGCAAAUACGUUGCUGAACGGAUCAUCGCUGCCUCCGGGCUGGAUUCUACGUCCUUCCGCAUUGGGCAGAUCUGCGGCUCGUCCCAAACGGGAGCGUGGUCCACGACCGACUGGGUUCCAAGUCUCGUCAAAUCGAGUAUCGCGCUGGGUGCCCUGCCACUGGAGCCCAAAGGACAGAUGGCGUGGCUCUCGCCGGAAGCCGUGUCGCAAGCCAUCGUUGACGUCGCGGUGUACGAGGGCCGGGCGCCCGGUGCGAUGAACCUCGUCCACCCGCGGCCCGUUGCGUGGGAUGUCAUCAUGACCGGGAUCGCAGGCGACCUCGAUCUCCCGCUGGUCACAUUUCCGGAGUGGAUUGAGCGGCUCAAGAAGGCCGCUGUGGGUGCGACUGCAGAGGACUUCGAGCGAGUGCCUGGCAUCAAGCUCAUCGAGUUCUUCCAGUCGGCAGAGGUGGGAACGGGAGCCGUUCAGUUUGCGACGGCCGUCUCGCAAGAGUACAGUCCGACGUUCAGGGACCUGAAGCCUUUAGACUUGGACGACGCGAAGCGGUGGAUUGCAUACUGGCGCGAAAAGAGUUUCAUUUAGAUGAAUUUUGUAAAUAAUGUAAAUUAGCACCAGCAUGACUAAUGGGACGGAGCUUUCUUCUAUCCUAA